AGAAAAUAUUUUUCAAAAUAUAUGAUGGAACCAAACAAUGCAAAAUGUUUGACCAAACACAACCUUAAUAAAAUUUGACCACAAUGAGCCUUAUUCCCGACGGUUCGGCCCCAGGGUGGUCACAAUGAACUGAUCUUGCCGGAACUUCCAUCUCCGCCCCCAAUUUAAAGCAUUCCAUUCUGUCAUGUUUCCUUUCUGCAAUGCCCACUUUACCCUUACCUGCCAAAGCAAAGCUCAAUAAUUAUUCAUGCUUACUGCAAAAAAUUCUCAAUCUCUCUUCUCAAGGCUAUCUUAAACAAGCCUUCAAUUACCUUAACAUCCUAACCCGUAAAGGCAUUCGUUUAGACACUAAAACUCUAGCUUCUCUUAUUCAACAAUGUGCUAAUUUUAGGUCACGUAAAGAAGGAAAAUGGAUCCAUUUGUAUCUCAAAACCACUGGUUGGAAACACCCUAAUACAUUAUUAGCCAAUCAUUUGAUUAAUAUGUAUGGUAAAUGUGGUGAUCAUAUUGAAGCACGUAAGGUGUUCGAUAAAAUGACUAACAGAAAUUUGUAUUCUUGGAAUAAUAUGCUUUCUGGGUAUACUAAGUUAGGUAUGAUUAAGGCUGCUAAAAGGUUGUUUGAUAAAAUGCCUGAGAAAGAUGUUGUUUCUUGGAAUACUAUGGUGAUUGGUCACGCGCAAGUUGGCUACGUUAACGAGGCGAUAAAGUUGUAUAGAGAGUUUAGGAGGUUAAGUAUUGGGUUUAAUGAGUAUAGUUUUGCUGGGGUUAUCACUGCUUGUGUUAAGUCUAGGGAUUUUUGUCUCACAGGGCAGGUUCAUUGCCAAGUAUUCGUCGUUGGGUUUUUAUCUAAUAUAGUUCUUUCUAGUUCGAUUGUUGAUGCGUAUGCAAAAUGUGGGAAGAUGAGCGAUGCUAGGAGGUUGUUUGAUGCGAUGAGAGUAAAAGACGUUCUUGCCUGGACCACCUUGGUUUCAGGCUAUUCAAAGUGUGGUGAUAUGUUGUUGGCUAGGGAGCUUUUUGAAGCAAUGCCUGAAAAGAAUCCUGUUUCUUGGACAGCUUUGGUUGCUGGUUAUUCCCACUGUGGCAUGAACAUUCAGGCCAUUGAGUUAUUUGCAAAAAUGAUGAAGCUUCAGGUCCGACCUGAUCAGUUUACGUUUAGUAGUUGCCUAUCUGCUUGUGCUGGUAUAGCAUCACUCAAGCAUGGUAAGCAAAUACAUGCAUUUCUGGUGAAUGCUGGUUUCAGGCCUAAUACAAUUGUUCUAAGCUCUCUUAUUGAUAUGUAUUCGAAAUGUGGAAGUUUGGAAGUUGCAAGUAGAGUAUUUGAUACGGCAUAUAACAAGCAUGAUGUAGUAUUAUGGAAUACUAUGUUGUCUGCAUUAGCACAACAUGGUAUGGGUGAAGAGGCAAUUGAAAUGUUUUUUAAGAUGGUGAAGUUUGGAGUGAAACCGAACCGAAUCACUUUUGUUAUCCUUCUCAAUGCUUGUAGUCAUUCAGGGCUAGUGCAAGAAGGGCUUUCCUUUUUUGAGACAAUGACCUCUAAUUAUGAUGUUCUUCCCGAUCAAGAACAUUAUGCAUGCAUAAUUGACCUCUUGGGUAGAGCAGGACGUUUUAGUGAAGUGCUAGUUCAGAUAAAGAAGAUGCCUUGUGAACCUGAUGAUCAUAUUUGGAAUGCCUUACUUGGUGUUUGUAGGAUUCAUGGAAAUGUGGAGUUGGGUAGAAUGGCUGCAGAACUGCUAAUAGAGCUGGACCCACAGUCUCCUGCCGCAUAUUUGCUGUUGUCAAGUAUUUAUGGUGUACUUGGGAUGUGGGAAAAUGUAGAGAAAGUGAGACAGCUUAUGAAUGAGAGACAUGUCAGAAAAGAGCAGGCAGUUAGUUGGUUAGAGAUUGAACAUAAAUUGCUUCCAUAUUUUGGGUGCAACAAGUCGAAUACUCUAGAGAAAGAUGGACACGCGAUUUUGCAACUGCUAGCUGAUCAGAGAAAUGAUGAUGAUCUAUUACAUGAUAGUGAAAGCUGAGUGACCACAUCCUAAUAUUUUCUGCUCCUGCGUCUUCCUCUUCCUCCUGGAACAAUUUGCUAUCCACCUGCUUUUCUUAAUUUCUUGUUAACAAAGCUGGCAAGUAGAUGUCAGAUGCAUGCAUUGAGCCAGCAUCCGAUUUUCAGCCAAACCUUGUCAAUACAUUCAUACUUGGGGGGAUUGAUGCUACAGGUAGCAACCUUUGCUGUGAAGUACAUGGCCCACCCUUUCAACGGGCGCAAACCAGGAAAUAAGCCACUCAUAUGUACUCUUUUGGCUGUCGUGGGAUUCUUCACAAUUAUCACUUCUGAUUUGUUUGGGGACUUAAAUGACUGGUUGAAGUUAGUUCCUAUGCCAACAGCGUUAAGAGAUAAGCAGCUGGUUUGGCCAUUGGUGACGUUUUUGGCCUGCUGCCUGGGAAAGAUUGUUGAGGACUUGAGGUGGGCUUUCCCUAGUAAGAUGCCUGCCUGGAAGCAACAGCGACGUCAAGUCUAGAAAUAGAAGCGCUAUUAGUUUCUUAAGUUGUCAUGAUUGAGAACAUUUAUCGGUUGUGCACGCCAAGGGUUUAGACCAUGCAGGUCCUCAGUAAUAGCUAUAUUCAGGGCCUGCUGGAUCAUAUUUUUGUAGUAUUGAAAGAUAAAUCCAAAAAAAUUCUGGAUUUUAUUUAUUGUCAUCUCCAAUCAUACCUAAAAUUUUGCUGGAUUUUGAUA